GUUGGUUCUCCUCCCCUCGCAUUUCUCCGUCUUGAUCUGCUUUCCCUCUGGUCUAUCAAGCUCACACCGGACACGGGGACCGGACAAUUGACCAUGCACUCCGCCCUGAAUCGCGCGCAGGCCGUCUUCGGCUUCUUCACCACCGUCGCUUUGUUCGUCGCCGGCGUCGCCGCGCUCUCCGUGCUGCUGUAUCCUGCCGAUGACGCUAAGGCGCUGGUCGCCCUGAAGGAUGUGAAAGUAAUCAAAGGUCGUCCGAACUACUACUCCUCCAGGAAAGAGGAGUAUGCGCAGAUGCGAUUCGACUUGGACGCUGACCUAUCCCCCCUCUUCAACUGGAACACCAAACAAAUCUUCGUCUACGUCUACGCCUCGUACUCCUCGUCCUCGAACCCCUCGACCUCCCACCUCCCCAACUCAGAGUCCAUCAUCUGGGACACGAUCAUCUCUGCCCCGGAAUCCCCCUACUCGCUCGCCGCGCUGCAAUCCCGCUUCUUCCCCUCGUCCUCGGCCUCUUCCUCGUCCCGCGGAGCCAACAAGAAACGCACCCCCAAGGCGUCGGGCAAGAAGGCCGCCAAAGAGCCCGGGCACCUGCGUCUCCGCGACCAGCGCUCCAAGUACCAGAUCGGGGACAUCACGGGCCGCAUGGCGGAGAGGGGCAACGUGACGCUGAACGUGGGAUGGAAUGUGCAGCCGUGGGUCGGCGCCUUGUGGUGGAGUCCGAGGUCUGGGGCCGUGCCUAGGACGGUGGGGGAUGCUGGGCAGAGCAAGGCGUUUGAUUUGCCCGCGUUGAAGAAGAAGACGCCUCCUGCUGCUGCUGCUGGGGAGAAGAAGGCUUCUGUUUAGGCGGGGCUGGGGUUAUAUUCUAGAUUGGAGAAUUGAACUUGGUUGGUUGGGAGUCGAAAGGUACGUAUGUUUGACGUUUCGGACUUUGGGACAUUGGAAAAGCCAAAGAAAAAAAAAAUUAAAGUAUUUCAUAUACCGUCUGUUAAGCAUGGAAAGUUGUGAUCAUACCCUUUCUACAAUAUCACAAUAUACAAAGCAUGCCGUGG